GAGCGUGGAGGGCGAGCCCCGCCGCCGCCGCCCUGCGCCUCCACCCCGGGCUUCCGCGAGAGCCCCAUGCCCAAGAGGAGGUCUGUGCUGCCCCUGCAGAGGCUCUGCCUGGAGAAUGUGGCUGAGCACAUGCAGCCCAUCUGGGCCAAGGACUACACCGACCGCUACCUGGACGAGUACCAUUUCCGCUUCCUCAUGGGGCCCUUCAGCGAGCUGGCUGGCUGCCUGGUCCAGGAGUUGCUCCAGCUAAUGGGGAAGAGCCGGCGGCUGACGCGUGCCAUGCUGCACUUGCUCCUCGUGCCGCACCUGACGGAGCUGAGCCUGCGCACCUGCCCGAAGCUGGUCAGCCAGGCCAUCGCCCGGAUCAUCACCGUGCGCUGCAAGAAUCUGUCUUUCCUGGACCUCCAGGGCUGCAGCCGGGUCCCAACAACUGCUCUAGUGGACCUGCUGGAGGGCUUGCCAUGCCUGACAAAGCUGGACCUGUCAGAGACUCAGUGUGACACUCACGUGUUGUCUGCGGUGGGCUCUUGCUGCAGGCGGCUUCGCGAACUGGACAUCUCGGAAUGCAAGAGGCUGUCCCCGGCCUCCCUCCUCCACCUGGCCUAUGACCCCACCGUGGGCUCCUUCUGCUGCCCGAUGCUGCGGGUGCUCUCGGUUGAUGGGCUGGAGCCCGGAGCCCACAGCCAGGACCUGGUUUUGGCCUUGGCCUUUCUGCUGCUGGCGUUGCCUAGCCUGAAGCUCUUGGCCCACGAUCUGGUCGCAAAGGCAGUGUGUCUGAUCCAUAACCAGCAGUUCAGCAGUGCCCGGGUUGCACCGGGGUUUCCCUCCCUGGAGGAGCUGGUGCGCUGCAGGCCGGCCACCCCCGGGGCAGAGGAGGGCUCCGGGCUCAAGCUGCCCCUCGAGCAAAUAUCUGUGGUGUGGGAGCCCUUCAUGCCCACACUCUGUGCGGUGUGCCCACACCUAGUGGAGGUGACUGUGUUCCUUGGGGACGGGCCCGGCUUGGGCCAGGCCUUCCUGUCCUGGAAGCACCUCGCCCACCUCACGGUGAACUGCACGGAGAGGCGGGACCUGCGGGAGCUCCUGCCGGUGGUUGGCAGCCUGGGGCCGCAGCUGCAGUCGCUUUCCCUGGGGGGCUUCUCCCUGGAGGACGAGCUCUCCUUCCACACCCUCCUGGGCCAGUGCCCGGGCCUCCGGAAUUUCAGCGCCUCCCUCUUCUCCCCGGUGGGGCGGGGCCUCAACAGGGGGGAGCCAGAGGCCGAGGACUGGGGCUUGUGGCUCACCGUGCCGGAGUUCUCCCAGCUCCGCACCUUCAGCCUGCUCCUCAGUGGCAUUGACCAGCCGCUGCCUUCCCGACACACGGCGGUGUUGAGAGCCAGCCUUCGGUCCCUGCUCCGGCAUUCCCCCUGCCUGGAAAGCCUGGAUCUCGUCGCCCUGCCGUUCUCCCUGGAUGGGGUGUUGCAGGAGGUCCUGGAGCCCCCUGGCACUGCCCUGGCACGCCUCCGGGAGCUCUCGCUGGCCCAAGGCAAAGUGUCCAGUCCCACCAUCCACCGGCUCUUGUCCUCGGACAAUCAGCUGAGCUACCUCAACCUGGACGGCUGCCCAGACAUCACACAGAGGGACUAUGACAAGCUCCUCGGGCGCGUCAGCAGGGAGGGCCUUGAGCUGCACAUUGUGUGGGCGUGAGCAGCCCCCCCCCCGGAACGGCAGCGUCCCUUGCUGUGAAGCAGCCUCUUGUGCAGAGGCCUAGGCAGUGGGCCCCAUGGUGCCGUUUUCCCCCCUGAGGUGCAUGUGGACCAGAAUACAGGGACGGUGGGAUGCCGGGUGGGGUGGGGUCCUUGCAAGUACAUAUGAAGGGGGGGGUUGCAUGUUGGAUCGUGACCUCCCAACACGCUGUCCAAAGCCAGAGCCUUCCCCUUCGGCGAGAAGCUCUGAUCAAGCCCCACUGAGAAGAACCAGAGGGGCUCUCCCAUGGAAGCUGUGGGCAGGCUGAAGCUCCCAGUACAGGCCAAACCCCUUGCCUGUGGCACAGAUUCCGUGCCUUGAGGGCUGCUUUCCCUGCACAAAGCGACUGGGGUCUGUGGCCUCGCGGGCAUAUCCCCCUGGCUCCAGGUGUUGCUGCUUAGAGAGAUCAGAGUCGGACCGGGCCCAGAGAGAAGGCAGAUGUGAGUGGAGCCUGGCAGGUGCUGCUGGGGUGUGGGGAGAGCCUCGGUCCAAGACCCACAACCUCUGGAGGGAGCGAUGGUGCUGGCUGGGCUGGGUUUUGAAGAGUCUGUAUAGUUUGCUAGCAGCUUUAUAAGGGCCAGCUGAAAGGCUGCCAAGAAGUCUUUGAAAUAAACGGUUGUUUAUUCUGCAAGCA